CAGAGGCUGGAGUGAGGCGUAGGGAUGCAGCGCCCCGCGCCCUUCAGCACCCUCUACGGGCGGGUCCUGGCCCCGCUGCCCGGGCGGGCCGGGGGCGCGGCCUCUGGCGGAGGCGGGAACGGUUGGGGCGUCCCGGGCUCCCACGUGCGGCUGCCGGGGCCCGCGGAGUUCGGGACCCGCGGCAGCGCCGGCAACACAAAUACCAGUGCCGGGGACACUAAAAGCGUCUGCCCGGGCCCCUCCGCGAUGUCUAAGGCCGAGGAGGCCAAGAAGCUGGCGGGCCGCGCGGCCGUGGAGAACCACGUGAGGAAUAACCAAGUGCUGGGAAUUGGAAGUGGUUCUACAAUUGUUCAUGCUGUGCAACGAAUAGCUGAAAGAGUGAAACAAGAGAAUCUGAACCUCGUCUGUAUUCCCACUUCCUUCCAGGCCCGUCAGCUCAUCCUGCAACACGGUUUAACUCUCAGUGACCUGGAUAGACACCCAGAGAUUGACCUCGCCAUUGAUGGUGCUGAUGAAGUAGAUGCUGACCUCAAUCUCAUCAAGGGCGGUGGAGGCUGCCUGACCCAGGAGAAAAUUGUGGCUGGGUAUGCCAGUCGCUUCAUCGUGAUUGCUGAUUUCAGGAAAAAUUCAAAGAACCUUGGGGAUCAGUGGCACAAGGGAAUCCCCAUCGAGGUCAUCCCAAUGGCCUACGUCCCAGUGAGCCGAGCUGUGACCCAGAAGUUUGGGGGCGUGAUCGAACUUCGAAUGGCCGUCAACAAGGCAGGUCCUGUGGUGACGGAUAAUGGGAAUUUUAUCCUGGACUGGAAGUUUGACCGGGUACACAAAUGGAGUGAAGUGAACACAGUUAUCAAAAUGAUCCCAGGCGUAGUGGACACAGGCCUGUUCAUCAACAUGGCUGAGCGAGUUUACUUCGGGAUGCAGGACGGCUCAGUGAGCGUGAGGGAGAAGCCUUUCUGUUGACCCUGCAGGAGCGGAGUGUGUUCACCUUGAGUCCCCAGCCCACAGCCGAGGUGGACAUGCCUCUCCAGGAGCCCUUGCCUUAAUGUGUCUGUGCCAGGUGGACAGCUGGCAGGGUAGAGGGUUGGAUUAAAUCCAGUCUUUUGAAGUAUUGUUAUUAAAUGUCUUUUUAAAAAGAGAAAUAUAAACAUAUAUUUUUACUAUUAAAAAUAGAUUUUUUUUAUAAUGUAGGACUUGAUUUCAUGUUUUAUAUGAAAUAUUUACCAAAAGAAAGAAGGGGACUAUCUUUUAAACUUUUAACUUGAGCCUGCUGGUUAAGCUUCUGAAUAUUGGGUUUGCUGAGAAAUGUAAAUCAAACCUUUUCUUUAAACUGGUAACAUGAAGGGCCCAGCCAGCAGUGAUUCCCUGAUGCCUUACUGGAAACAUUAGAGUUUACUUUUCUACCACACUCUGUUUUGUUUUUAGUUUUUCUUCUGAUCAUGCACAAUACCUGGUUACGUAUUUUAAGACGAGGUUUACAAAGGUCUGGUGAGUGGUGCAGUGUGGUGUGUAGUGACUCGGUGUAAACUAUCAGGGAGAAAAUGUGGUGGUGGUUCUGUUAAGAUCAGGGGGUUCGUUCAGACCCCUGUUGUUUGAAGCAAUUGCGCAGAAAUACUUGCCAGUACUGCCAAAGCACUGCUGUGAAAUGUGAAAUACUUUUUAAUGAUUGUCUUUUUGUUAAUAUUUUUUCCAUUGCUUUAUUAUUACUUGCAUGAUUUGGCAUCAGAAGUUGUCACCUCUUUAUAUUGUUUGAAAGUUGAAAUAAAACAGUAUGGUGCCAUUUUGA